GAAAAGAAAUACAUAAUUUUUCCCGCUGCAGCAAAAUCUGCGCGUAACCUCGCAAUCACGUAAUAAUCAAAUCGAGAUUACCUGUUUGUUGAUGUUGAAGUGGCAAAAUGGCCGCUAUCAAAUCAGCUCUAAAAUGUUGGCGCGAUUUCAAUCUUCCAGAGCAUCAGAAAAUACUUGACCUUGAAGCAAUAGACAUUGGAAACAGACAAGAUGCAGCAGAUAAAUCAAGAAAGAAGCUGAUUGAGCUUACAAGGGAUUUUAAGAAAAAUACUGAAGAUGAAAUACGGAAGAGAGUUUCUCCACUUAUCAAAGCCUUGCAGAGUGAGGUGGAUCAGCUUAGUAAACGAAGCAAAGCUUCAGAAAACAGCUUCCUUUCCUUGUACAAAAAGCUCUUAGAAGUACCAGACCCUGUACCAGCAUUGGAUCAAGCACAAAAUGUUCAGCAACAGCUUAGCAAAGUAAAGGAUUUAGAAAUGGAGAAUCAAAAACUAAGAGAAACCCUUGAUGAAUAUCACACAGAAUUUGCAGAGGUAAAAAACCAAGAGGUGACAAUUAAAGAUUUGAAGGAGAAGAUAAAAGAAUUUGAAGAUAAAACAGAUGAAAAGCUUCAGGCAAAACUGAAAGACCGUGAAGCUUCCUUGCAGAAGGAUUUUAUCCAAAAGGAAAAACAACUUCAAGAAGUGCAGCUAAAUUUGGCGUCACAACUUGGAGAGGCUGAGAGUAAAAUAAAAAAUCUUCAAAUUGAACUGGAAGAAGCUCAUUCCGAUCUAUUUGAUGUAAAAAGUAAGGCGGAGGAAGAAUCAGCCGCAAGGUUUUCAGAGCUGGAAAUGAUUGGUGUUGAUUUAGAUCGCGCUAACCAGCGUUGCCUUUCUGCUGAGAAGUAUGCAGAAUCACUCAAAGACCAACUCACUCAGGCCCUUGAAGCCCGAAAGACCGAUCAAACGGAACAGGAGCGAUUGGACCAGAGUCUUCAUUCUGUCACAACUGCGUCAUUAGAAGUGCAAAUAGCUGCUAAGGACCGAGAGCUUGCUCAGCUUGUCGAUGAAGUCCAUCACAUGCAGAGUGUUUCAAACAAACUGAGAGAAACUUCGAAACGAGAGAUAUCCCUUUUAGAGGAACAGCUGGCUGAGAAAGUUUCACUUGUGGAUUCAUUUAAAUCGAAACUGGAAGCCCAAGAAGAUUACGACGAAAUCAAAAGAGAGCUGAAUAUUUUCAAGAUAAUCGAAUUUGGAGAAAAAGCUAGUGACAUUCCUAAGGGAUCUUCUCCGAAAUCUCUCGAAAAACUGCUGUUGGAGAAAAAUAGGGGUCUUCAAUCGGAAAAUGCAAACCUCAAAGUGGCAAAGAAUGAACUCAAAGAGAAGUGUGAAAGUCUUCAAAAACAAAAUGGCGAUGCUGUGCGUACAACAAAAGAACAAAAAGAGUUGAUAACGCAGUUGGAGAAUGAUCUUUUAAACUUGAACAGCCUACCGUCCACAUUUAGAGGUCAGGGUGAAGGUGAGGCUACACCUGCACCAGAGGCUGAACUUGUGGAGAAAGCUGUACAAGGAGCUUUGCAAGAAGCGGAACGCGAAUCAGAAAAACCAGGCUCUGAGUCACUUCUCUCAAUAGUUUGCAGUCAAAGAGAAAGAUUCAGAACUAGAAAUUUAGAACUUGAAGCACAAACAAGGCAUCAACAACAGCAGAUAACAAGUCUGCAAAAUGAAGUUGAUAGCAUCCGAUCGGAUAAUAUCAAGCUGUAUGAAAAAAUCAAAUUUCUCCAGAGUUACCCAUCACAGAGUGCAAAAGUUAAUCUGAACGAUGCUUCUGUGUCCAAGUAUAGUUCCCACUACGAAGAAAGAAUCGACCCUUUUACAGCUUUUUCGAGAAAGGAGAAGCAAAGAAAAUACACAAACCUCAGUGCUCCGGAAAAGGUCACCCUCAGUAUGGGCCGAUUUAUCCUGUCGAACAAAAUUGCUCGGACCAUUGUUUUCUUCUACACAUUUCUGCUACAUCUUGUCGUGUUCUUGGUGUUAUACAAAAUGGCAUACACGGAGUCAUGCAAGCGCGAUUUUGCAUCAGAUUGUGCGAAAAGGUUUGCCGAACACAUGCACAGUUAUCAUAAAAGUGGAACAUGAUUUUAUUCAACUUUAUUCAGAUAUGAUAAAACAAACAACUUAUAUUUUACAGUACUGAGUGGCCUUUAGUAGUAUAAAUUAUCAGGGAAUUACAUUUGUUAAAUAUGAUAUCUUGCAAAUAUUAUACAAAUAUUAAAAAUCAUUCUUUGGCUAUCUUUCUUUAAUAUUUGGAGCUCUUUAGAUAAGUGGGUAGUUUCCUGACACCCGUAUGCUCCCUGAAUUCUAGUAAAGGUAUCAUUCGUAUAAGUAAACGUGCCAAUCAACUGUUAACCAAUCGAAUUGCGAGCUGCAGUUCAGACCAAUGAAAAUGAAUCACGAGCCGGGUAUUUGUCACAUGUAUCUGUGACAACGUAAACUUACACAGUUGGUAUUUUUAUCGUUAUUUGGAAUGCCACAAAACGUUAUCCUGUACAGAUUUGAACCUUAUAAGACCGUAUUGUGCGAAUCAUAUUGAAACAGUUAUAUACCAGUUUCCAUUCCCAUCUAUUUCUGCCACCAAUUAUAAUAUUCCACACUAUUUUCUUAAAUUGUUGGCCAUCACGAGCACCGAUGUUACUUAAACCUCGUGACUUUUCCUGGUAAAACGAAUUUUAGGAUCUAAAAGUUUUCAUGAGGAUAAUUUCACAACACAACAAUACACAACAAACAACUAUAUGAGAAGAGCAGAGAGAAACAACUGAGCGCUGAAAUGGAUGAAGUAUAAUGGAGAACAUUCGGUGAUAUAUUGCUGUUACCAUCAAGCACACCAUGUCAACAGUCUAUGAAUUACUACUUUGAAUAUCCACCUAAGGCAAUUCAGUGAAAGAAAAGGAAUAACACUGCCUGUAUUGCUUGACAAUGACAUCGUAGAAGCAGCAAAUUACCAUCAACGAUUGCAAAUAAGACAUUUUAAAACAACAGAAGACCUUAGCAUCCUAAGACUUUUUAGAAAUAUUUCUAAAGUUAGGGAGUAUCUUAUUUCACUGGGGAUUGAGUUCCAUACUUGGUAAUAUUGGCAUUCGUUUAUGAAAAAUAUUUCAUCCAUAAAAGUAGAUUUAAACCUUUAAAUGAUUCAUAUAUUUGUAUUGCAAGAUAUUUUGAAUUUUUCUUGUGAAUUUAUCAAAAAUUGUUAAAAGGUUGAUUGAUAAUCUUUA